GCGGUCAGGAGCGGCUUUAAGGAAGCUGGCUUGGCCGUCUCUCGGGUGUUGUUUCAACUAAUCACGCGCCUAGGAAGCUAAGCGCCUAAGGGGCGACCCUUUGCGAGGCUGCUUCUGAGAGAGAGCGCGAGAGAAAGAGAGAGGGAGAGAGCAAAGCCAAGAUGAAGGUAACGGCUCUGGAUUCUCGUCGACUCAAGCAACUGCUACGGAAGGACCCCGCCCUGUGCCUCGUCCUGGACUGCAGACCCUACUUCUCCUAUUCUGCCUCUUGCCUCCGAGGGUCCCUCAACGUCAACCUCAACUCAGUGGUCAUCCGCCGCUCCCAUGGGCGGCCCGUGCCUUUACACUUCGUGGUGCCCGACGAGGCGGCCCGGGGGCGGCUUCUGCUCCCGCCGGCUGCUUGCUCGGAAGAAAGAGAAGGGGACGCCGCGCCGCCUCGGACUUUGACGGCCGUGGUUGUCCUGGAUCAAAACACCAGGCACUGGCGGAAGCUCAAGAAAGAGAGCACGGCGCAGAUCGUGCUGAACACGCUGUCUGCAAGCCUGCCCGAGGCUGGAGCCCGCGUCUGCUUCCUAAAAGGAGGUUAUGAAACAUUUUACUCACAAUAUCCAGAGUUCUGCAUAGAUGUAAAGCCUCUGUCCCAAGAGAAGAUUGAAACUGAGAAAAGCAUCAACAGCUUGCAUGAGAAGCAAUUCAUCCACCAGAAGCCAGCAUAUGAUCAGGGUGGUCCGGUGGAAAUCCUGCCUUUCCUAUACCUUGGCAGUGCCUAUCAUGCUUCCAAGUGUGAGUUCCUUGCCAACUUAAACAUCACUGCACUCUUGAAUGUCUCCAGAAAGAGUUCUGAACCCUUUACUAACCAAUUCUGCUGUAAGUGGAUCCCAGUGGAGGACAGUCACACAGCAGACAUCAGCUCACACUUCCAGGAAGCCAUAGAAUUUAUCGAUUGUACCAGACGGGCAGGGGGCAAGAUCCUGGUGCACUGUGAAGCAGGGAUUUCUCGCUCUCCCACCAUCUGCAUGGCUUAUCUGAUGAAAAUGAGAAAAUUCCGCCUGGAGGAAGCAUUUGACUAUAUCAAGCAACGGAGGAGUCUGAUCUCGCCAAACUUCAGUUUCAUGGGGCAGCUGUUGCAGUACGAGUCAGAAAUUUUGUCUUUGGCUCCUAGCCCUCCUGUUGCAUCUUGCAAAAGGGAUGCUGUGUCUUUCUUCACAGAAGAGCUGGCUUUGAGCAAAAGUUUUCCCUUUCCUACCUCGGUUUUGAAUUCAGUGCCCCUGCACUCGCCUGUCCAUCCACUAACGUUGAACUCUAUUGCUGCAAAUUCAUCAUGCUGGGCCCUCUUGGGAACAAGAGACGGUACAGUUCCAUGAGGUGAGGUGAUGACAACAAAACAUUUCAUCUAUACGCAAUACAGAAACCCUUAUUUAUUUCAUUCUGUUCCAGACACUGGAAUGACUGUCUACAUCAGAAGGGAAAAUAUGCUUUUAUGUUAAGAUGGAGUGGAAAUGAGUUUGGUGCAUUGAAGCUUGGGCCAGCCUUGCAAUUUGAAGUUAUCAUGUGCUAAAUUUAGCAAAUUCCAGGUUUAGCUCAGAUAAUCUGAGGACUCUACUUAGAACUUGGAGAUAUUGUUCCCAGAAGCAAAUGCCCCUCAUUCUGGAUAAGAACUUCUGUUCUAUAGUUCCUGGGUAGGUUACUAUUUUGAAAGAAUACAUUUUUUCAGAGGAUAAUGUGUGCAUAUUUAUGAGUGUUUUGAAUAAUUUUUGUGCAUUCACUACUGUACAUCCAAACCAUGCUGGAGUAGAACGAACCACAUUUUUAAAAAAUUACUCAGACCUGUCUGAUUGCUUCUUAGUUCCUGCCUCCUUCCCUCUCUUUUAAUUAUAGACAUGUGUUGAAGUGUAAGCAAUAAACAGCUGUGUCAGGGGAAAAAGCACUGUAACAAAAAGCACAAUUUACAAAAGAGAAAACCUUGAUAUUACUUGGUGGUGGCAAAAACUUGAAUGCUUGCCUUUUUUCUUUCUUUUGUGGGUUCCUAAAAAUAUCAUAAUCUGCCAUAUGCAAGUGAAUUAGAAAGCUGGAGAAGCAAAUGCCUCUUCUUCCCCUUUGCACCAAUCAGCAUCCAUUAUUUUAUUGGUGUGGUACAGAGUUCAGGGUUAAAAUUGGACCCUUACUUGAAAGCCUCUGCUUCAUGCAGCUAUUAGCAGAAUGAAGUAAAUUCAGGAGAUAAUUUCUAGUUACUAAAGCUGCAAAAUCAUGAGAAUUUCAUACCUCAUUUUCCAACUCAAUCCAGUUAGAGCUGACUUUUCAUCUGAUGUGCUUCAGCUGUUUUAACUACAACUCCUGUUAUCAUGAUCCAAGAUGUCAUGAGGAUAACUUGGUGUAUUUUAUUCCUUACUCUACAAAAUUGCUCUUUUCAAAAGACAAUGCAUUGAUUUUGUCAUAAUGCUAUAUGACUAUGUAACACACUUAUAACACAGCUUGUUUGUUUUUCACAACUUGAGCAUGCCCACCGUGUCUUAGCCUUACAAUAUGGGCUCUAUGAGCCAUUUGGUAAUAAACCAUGAUUUGAAAAGUUGCUGUGUGAAGAGAACCAUUUUCUUUCCUAUAUUUCCUUGUUCUAUCAGAGACAU